AAUUUACGACAUUUCCCGAUACUGGCAAAUACCUUUACGGCAGCCCUUGCUCACACGUGUUGUCAUCGCAUGGAAGUCUUUCGGAGUAAAUAGCAGGAGCUAGCCGAUCACAUUUAGGAUUUGAAGCAAAAUGUCUUUCAGAGGAGGAGGUGGACGAGGAGGCAGAGGAGGUGGAGGAUUUAACCGAGGUGGAGGAGGCAGAGGAGGAGGUGGAUUUGGAGGAGGCAGAGGAGGUGGAGGAUUCGGAGGAGGCAGGGGAGGUGGAUUUGGACGUGGUGGUGGCAGAGGUGGUUUCAAUAGACAACAAGACUACGGUCCUCCAGAGUAUGUCGUCGCACUGGGAGAGUUUGUGCAUCCAUGUGAAGAUGACAUUGUGUGCAAGUGUACGACAGAGGAAAACAAAGUUCCAUACUUCAAUGCCCCAGUCUACUUGGAAAACAAGGAGCAGAUCGGCAAAGUGGAUGAGAUAUUUGGCCAGCUCCGGGACUUUUAUUUUUCAGUCAAACUUUCAGAAAAUAUGAAGGCGUCUUCAUUUAAGAAACUGCAGAAGUUUUAUAUAGAUCCAAUGAAGCUUCUCCCGCUGCAGAGAUUCCUCCCCAGGCCGCCAGGAGAGAAGGGUCCGCCAAGAGGAGGCCGAGGGGGUCGAGGUGGAGGAAGAGGCGGUGGUCGCGGAGGUGGUUUCCGAGGCGGCCGUGGUGGAGGAUUUGGUGGCGGCCGCGGUGGAGGAUUUGGAGGUGGACGAGGCGGAGGAGGAGGAGGCUUCAGAGGAAGAGGAGGCGGAGGAGGACGUGGAUUCAGAGGCGGGAGAUGAUCUGACAGUGAUGGUCUGGUGUGACGGUGUCAGCCUUGUCUUCUGCUGCUACACAAGCAAAAAGGCUGUAUUCUCUGCCAAUGCCUGGCCUGUUGGACUUCGAAAAUGGACAUUGCCUCUAUUUGUUGAACUUGAAUGGAUUUUCCUUCUUUUUUUUGUACCAGUUUUGAAUAUGUGAUGGAUCUUCAUUUUUGUUUAAAAGGUUCAUAAUCAUGUUGGUGUGCAACAUAACGAGGAUCUUUCAGCCUGUUAGGGAGAGAUGUUGGGUCCCUUUGUGAACAAGCUUAUCAUUAUCCUCUGCUGAUUGCGUUCAAAUGUUUGGCCAUGACAGAUGUGUACUUCGAUCAAGAUUUCAAGAGAUACAUUCACAAACCUCCUUGUAUUCAUUUCCUCUGAUAUGGGAAAAUGUGUGGAAAAUCUUUAUAUGCUGUUAGUAAAAAAAAAAAAAAAAAAAACAUUUUAAUACCCAUAAUUUGUCAAAUCUUAAGCAGAAUGUUGUCACAUUUUUGUUAAAGGCCUUGAUUAAAAGGUGCUUUGUAACUGUGUUUAUUUUUAUUGCUCAUGUAGAAGGUUUGUAGUAGAAUGUUAAAUGUCAUCCUAAGGUGAAGAAUAAAGGGGGGGGGGACAUUCAGCAUGUGAGUGUACAGUAAGUGUAGCUAAAGAAUAUUUGUGCCCAGUGUUUACACUUUUAAGAUGAAAAGUAUUUGCAUAUUCAUAGUUUUAAUUCAUUUAAUUCAGGAAAGAGUAGAUUUUUUUUUUUUAAGGAUAGGUAAAUAUGUUAUAUUGAAAUCUACAAAAUUAUUCUGAUUUGUAUAUGAUUUGUAUAUACAAAUUAAUACCUUCACCAUCCCACAUUUAGUAUGCUCAGAAAUAAAGAGUAAACAAAUUUGCUGAUUUGAGUUCAGUUCA